CAUCUUGCUUGCGCGAACGGCCACGCAGAUGUUGUUCGAUUCCUAGCAGGAAAGAAGUGCCAGCUAAACCCUCGUGACUGUUUGAAGAAAUCGCCGCUGAUGAAGGCAGUAGACCACCAGCACAAAGACUGCGUGACUAUUCUGCUGGAGCACGGUGCCAAAGCCAACCUCAAAGGUGCUGGCGGCAACACUGCCCUUCACAUGGCUGCUGUCAUUCCUAGCAAACCUCUAGUGGAGCUGUUACUUGAGCACAAUGCCCAUAUCGAUGCUCAGAAUGAG